UGUCAAUGUCAAACACUGUCAAAGUUAGGGAACGGUUGUUGUGUGGGGUUUGUUUAUUUUUUGUAAUUUAAUUUUAGUCGUUAAAACAUAGACCAUGUUUUCUACGAGUUCACAACGAAAAGCGUGGACAUUCAGUGACGAGGGCGAGCUGGCUCGUCUGCGGGAGAAGCACAACUUGGAAUACAUCUCGCGUCAUGGCACGCAGGUCGACGAGUUCCAGAGGUACAACUACUUCCUGUCUCCAGACGAGGAGAGACUCUUGCUGCGGCAGUACGAGCUCCAUCUCAAGGAGUUCUGCAAGAGAUUCAGCCCCCCCAUGCCGAAGGGAGUCGUCGGGACCGCCUUCCAUUACUUCAAACGCUUCUAUCUGUACAACUCAUCAAUGGACUACCACCCUAAAGAGAUAUUAGCCACGUGCGUGUACCUGGCGUGUAAAGUCGAAGAGUUUAACGUGUCUAUCGGCCAAUUUGUAGCCAACAUCAAAGGCGACAGAGAAAAGGCCUCAGAUAUCAUCCUAAAUAAUGAACUGCUGCUAAUGCAGCAACUGAACUAUCACUUGACAAUCCACAACCCGUUCAGGCCUGUUGAAGGCUUCCUCAUUGACAUCAAGACGAGAUGUUCUCUUGCCAAUCCAGAAAGACUGAGGGGAGGCAUAGAUGAGUUCUUAGAAAAAGUGUUCUUGACUGAUGGAUGCCUGUUGUAUGCUCCGUCUCAAAUUGCAUUGGCAGCGGUUCUUCAUGCUGCCAGCAAGGAGCAGGAGAACUUGGACCGUUACGUCACGGACAUGCUGUUCCAUGAGGCUGGACCAGACAAGCUAGCCGUGCUGAUCGAGGCUGUCCGUAAAAUACGCUCCAUGGUGAAAAUGGUAGAGAGCCCAGCCAGGGAGCGAGUACGACUUAUAGAGAAGAAACUAGACAGAUGCCGCAAUCAAGAGAAUAAUCCAGACAGUGAGAUAUACAAGAGACGUAUGAGAGAGGCUCUAGAUGAUGAUGACUUGCCUCGGGGCUCCAGCCGAAUGUCUCUGGACACCAGCGGGGUCACAGCGGUCCUAUCUCCAUCUGCGUCAUAGCAUAAAGUACAGUUGUUGAUUUGAUUUUGACCAAACAUUGACUUAAAAUGCAAAUUGAUAACUUAUUCUUAUUAACCAGAUGAUAAAACUAUGUAUAACUAGGUGAUAAAAAAUAAAGACUAUUUUACUGCAUAA